AAUGAUCGGCGAACAUACUGUAAAAAGUCAGCGGCCCAGAUCAGUCUUUGACACAAAGGCCCUGCAGGAGCAAGCUGAAUCUGCUAAAUUUAUGGCACAAACUGGUGAAUCUGGUGCAGAGGAGUGGUCCCAGUGGAGCUCAUGCUCAGUUUCAUGCGGCCAAGGGUCGCAGGUGCGAACAAGAACAUGUGGUUCACCGUACGGAACUCACUGCAGCGGCCCUUUAAGAGAGUCAAGGGUUUGCAAUAACACUGUCCCCUGUCCAGUGCAUGGCGUCUGGGAGGAGUGGUCACCAUGGAGCCUGUGUUCGUUUACGUGUGGGCGUGGCCACCGCACUAGGAACAGGAUGUGUGCCCCGCCCCAACAUGGAGGGAGAGCCUGUGACGGGCCUGAGACCCAGAGCAAACUCUGCAACAUCGCCCUCUGUCCAGUGGACGGCCAGUGGCAGGAGUGGAGCCUUUGGAGUGACUGUUCAGUGACCUGUGCCAACGGGACCCAGCAGAGGACCAGACAGUGCUCAGCCGCCGCCCACGGUGGGUCGGAGUGUCGUGGCCACUGGGCGGAGAGCAGAGAGUGUUACAAUCCAGACUGCACAGCCAAUGGCCAGUGGAAUCCCUGGGGGCCUUGGAGUGGCUGCUCCAAGUCAUGUGACGGGGGUUGGCAGAGGCGGGCGCGGGUGUGCCAGGGGGCAGCGGUCACCGGGCAACAGUGCGAGGGCACGGGGGAUGAAGUCCGCAAGUGCAGUGACCAGCGUUGCCCAGCGCCCUAUGAGAUCUGUCUGGAGGACUACACUGUAUCCAUGGUGUGGAGAAGAACACCUUCAGGAGAACUGGCCUUCAACAGGUGUCCUCCCAAUGCCACGGGCACCACUAGUCGACGCUGCUCUCUGGAUCACAGGGGUGUGGCCUAUUGGGAACCACCCAGCUAUGCCCGCUGCAUAACCAAUGAAUAUAGAUACCUGCAGCAAUCAAUCCAGGGCCAUCUAGCUAAGGGCCAGGGGAAGUUGGCGGGGGACGGGAUGUCUCAGGUGACCAAGACCCUGCUGGAUCUCACCCAGAGAAGGAACUUCUACGCUGGAGACCUGCUGUCCUCUGUGGAGAUACUCAGAAACGUGACUGAUACCUUCAAGAGGGCCAGCUACGAACCAAGCUCAGACGACGUGCAGAACUUCUUUCAGAUCAUCAGCAAUCUCCUCGAGGAAGACAACAGGGACAAGUGGGAAGACGCACAACAGAUCUAUCCAGGUGCAGUGGAGCUGAUGCAGGUCAUCGAGGAAUUUAUCCACAUCGUUGGCCUGGGCAUGAAGGACUUCCACAACGCCUAUCUGAUGACUGGAAACUUGGUGGCCAGCAUCCAGAGGCUCCCGGCACUGUCUGUGAUGACUGACAUCAACUUCCCUAUGAAGGGACGUAAAGGCAUGGUGGACUGGGCCAGGAACUCUGAGGACAAGGUGGUUAUCCCCAAGGGCAUCUUUCUACCACAGUCUACAGACAUGGAUGGAUCACCUGUUUUCAUCCUGGGGACAGUCCUGUACAAGACUCUGGGACUGAUGCUGCCUUCACCAAGCCUGAUCUCCAACGGCCUGACCUCCAGCGGCCUGACCUCCAGCAGCCUGACCUCCAGCAGCCUGACCUCCAGCAGCCUGACCUCCAGCAGCCUGAACCUCCAGCAGCCUGUCCUCCAGCAGCCUGACCUCCACCUGAUCUCCAACAGCCUGACCUCCAGCAGCCUGACCUCCAGCAGCCUGACCUCCAGCAGCCUGCCCUCCAGCAGCCUGACCUCCAGCAGCCUGAACCUCCAGCAGCCUGUCCUCCAGCAGCCUGACCUCCAGCAGCCUGAACCUCCAGCAGCCUGGCCUCCAGCAGCCUGA